AUGAACGGAAGGAUUGCCCGAACUCCUCACACUUCUUGCACGAGGGCAGAGUCGACUCCGCCGGAAGAAGCGCAACCACCGUUGCCUGACCUUGAAGGCCAUUAUUGCCCUUCUGUUGAAGGUCGGGUAGCACUUCUGCCCCUGUUCCGGGUCUUGCGGGGGGUGGUGACUCGGUGGGAAUUGCAUCUCGUCUUGGUACAGUUGGGAAUAGAAAAUGUGGUGAGAUUGAUUGGCAAAAUCACGCCUUUGUCCGGCUUCUCGGUAGGCAACGAAACUGCCAGGCCCUACAGCUCCCAGUGA